UGACACCGUUUUAACCUAUUGCAUCAUUGACGUUCCAAACGGAUAACACAAACCCAGAGCAAAAACCAGAGGUUGAGAACUCCCUCACUCAAAGGGCCAUCAAUGGCCGCUCUCAGCAUAGGUAUCGCCACCACUACCAUAAAUUUCCGGUCAUCACGUGCACCGAUCUCUUCCAGACCCAGAAUUUCCUGCAUUGGAUGGGACCCAGAAGGUGUAUUGGGUCCACCACAGACCGGUCACAUAGCGAGGCGCGAGUUCAAGAAGCGGCUCGAGAAAGACUCCGAAGCCCGUGAAGCAUUUGAACGCCAAGUCCGUGAAGAAAAGGAGCGUCGCCGAGCUAUUCGCCAGUCUCGGGUUAUUCCGGAUACUCCUGAUGAGCUCGUCGAGUACUUUCUGAACACUGAAGCUCAGGAAUUUGAGGUUGAGAUCGCAAGGUUGAGAACACGAUUGAACCAGGAAUUUUUUUCACACCUACAAUUUGAGCUGGGUCAGCUUAGGUUUGCUGUUUCGAAAACCCAGGAUAUGGAAGAUAGAUUGGUUGAACUAGAAGCACUGCAAAAAGCACUGCUGGAAGGAACAGAAGCCUAUGAUAAAAUGCAAGCUGACCUCAUAGCAGCAAAAGAAAACCUAACCAAAAUCCUGACAUCAAAGGAUAUAAAAGCCACUUUGUUGGAGAUGGUUGAGCGGAAUGAACUCAAUAGAUCUUUAUUGACCCUUCUUGAUGAAAACAUAGCAAAUGCACAUGAGGGUAACCAGAAACAAGCAGCAGAGUUCAUGGAAAAGCUUCGGGGUGCUGUUCUCAGGUACAUGACAGUUUAGUGCUCAAGUACCCAGUUGGCAGUUAUCAAGUGUCCCUUUCAAUCUUUUAGAUUGAUAAUGAUUGUGGUUUGAGAGAUAUCUGCAGCCAUACCACAUUCACUAAAAUUAUGUUACAAAAUGCUGUAAACAGUAGUAGACUUUAUAUCAGGACCUGAAUUGAUAUACAAUAAUGUAUAUACAAUGACAUUGUAGAUCUUUCCUCAUUAUUGCCAAAAUAAAUAGAGCUGGUCUCUUCAA